AUGAAGAAACUGAAGAUGGAUUGGAAUGAAGCAGCGGAACAGAGAUUAAAUGGACUAAAUGAUCUUGAUGAGUUUCGCUUGAAGACAUAUGAAAAUUCAGCCAUCUACAAAGAAAAGAUGAAGAAAAAACUCAAGUCCAAAUGGACUGGUUCAUUCUUGAUCACUAAAGUGUUGACUCUUGGUGCAGUUGAGUUGGAGAGCAAGGAGGGUGCAAGGUUCACGGUAAAUGGGCAAAGAAUAAAAUUCUACCUCGGGCAUGCAGAAAAUGCAAAUGAAGUGGCUGAGGCAUACCGUCUUGAUGAAGUCUGA